AUGAGGACCAGCGAUGAAUUGAAGCAACUGAAUUUUCCUCUGUCGUCUGGUGGUUCGGAGGGAAUAUGCAAAACCAUUCGGCCAUCUGCUGGAUUCUGUAUCAAGAUAAAAGAUGAUGAGGAUGGAAAAAUGUUCUUAAAUGUUUGCUAUUCUCUAGAGGUGUACUUUUUGCUGUUACCAGAACCUCGUGAAAUUGAUGAGGAUUUACUAGUCUCUAUACUUAAUUCAGACGAUCCCACUACCUAUCGUAUUCCUAUGAGUCUGGGUGAAUGUCGAGAAGAUAAAGUGGUAAAUUUGCUGGUCCACUAA